CUCUGGCGUUGAACGUGAAGAAACUGAACAUUCCACCCCGAACUUCAGUAGCGAAGAUGGCGGAGACCGAGUUGAACGUGGACAGUAUCAUCUCUCGGCUUUUGGAAGUGCGGGGAUGUCGUCCUGGAAAGAUUGUCCAGAUGACGGAGGCGGAGGUGCGGGGGCUGUGCAUCAAGUCCAGGGAGAUCUUCCUCAGCCAGCCCAUCCUGCUGGAACUGGAGGCUCCACUGAAGAUCUGUGGUGACAUCCAUGGGCAGUACACAGACCUGCUUAGGCUGUUUGAGUAUGGAGGCUUCCCCCCGGAGGCUAACUACCUGUUCCUGGGGGACUACGUGGACCGAGGGAAGCAGUCCCUGGAAACCAUCUGUCUCCUGCUGGCCUACAAGAUCAAGUACCCGGAGAACUUCUUCCUGCUGCGGGGAAACCACGAGUGUGCGUCCAUCAACCGCAUCUACGGCUUCUACGAUGAGUGUAAGCGCAGGUUCAACAUCAAGCUGUGGAAGACCUUCACGGACUGCUUCAACUGUCUCCCCAUAGCUGCCAUCAUCGACGAGAAGAUCUUCUGCUGCCAUGGAGGCCUGUCACCUGACCUGCAGUCCAUGGAACAGAUUCGUAGGAUCAUGAGGCCAACAGAUGUCCCAGAUACAGGCCUGCUGUGUGACCUGCUGUGGUCAGACCCAGACAAGGACGUCCAGGGCUGGGGCGAGAACGACCGCGGGGUCUCCUUCACCUUUGGAGCGGAUGUAGUCAGCAAGUUCCUCAACCGCCAUGACCUGGACCUCAUCUGCAGAGCCCAUCAGGUUGUGGAGGAUGGAUACGAGUUCUUUGCCAAGCGCCAGUUGGUUACCCUUUUCUCCGCACCCAACUACUGCGGAGAGUUUGACAACGCUGGCGGCAUGAUGAGUGUUGAUGAGUCCCUCAUGUGUUCUUUCCAGAUCCUAAAGCCCUCAGAGAAAAAGGCCAAGUACCAGUAUGGAGGGGUAAACUCUGGGCGCCCGGUCACCCCGCCCCGCACUGCCCAGGUCCCUAAGAAGAGGUGAACACACAGCCUGUUCCCAGCCCAGCCCCUACGUCCCCUUGCCUCCCCAACCUCCUUCGCUGCAAGCCCAGUAAACUCAUGGAAGAUGCAGGGCCUAUCCAUACCUCCCCCCAUCCCCUCUCUCUCUUUCUCUUUUACCCUCCACUCAUUUUCCUUUUUUCUCCCCAUAUCCCACCCUCCUGACGACUCUUUUCUGUAUGUGUACAUAAAUUUGCUGUGACCAAUCGUAUGACUUAUAUAUUUUUUUCUUUCUUUUUUUUGCCUGUAUGGUGGUAUUUUUUAUUGACUCUUUCUUGUGGUUUUCUUGCGAUGCCAUUCGAGCCGAUGUCUCCGAGGUGUAGUGUAAAGAACCACGCUUAGUGUCCAUGUGAACAAGUCAGAGAAACUCCUGCCUUCAGAGAGAACUUAAAUGGAUGUGGAAAUCUAACUGUUUUGCUCUGUGUGUCCCCCCUAGCAGUAAACAAACAAACAAAACUCCAGACAAAAUUGAUUUCAGCUAAACCAGACACUCUGUAAUGGUCUGUACGUACACUCUCAUAUUGAUAGUGAUUAGCUCUCAUGAUUGUUUGUGGGCCGAGUGAACGAGGGAAUGUUUCUGUGUGUGCGUGUGCAUGCGUUGUUGCGUUGUCCCAUCUUUUUUUCCCCCAUCCAUGGACGAGUCCACCCCCAGUCUGUCCAAUACAGACCAUUAGGACUGAGAGACCGAAAGCUUGAAUGAACAACGCAGGCAAUAACAGAUGCUGCUGGCAGUUCACACCCACACGCCACACAAACACACAUUCCCUCCGCCCUGGAGCGCCUGUCCGUGUCUACUGUAGAUCACGCACAACCCCCACACAAGCCCAUGUCACUUCUCACACUAAGGUGCAUGUGACGCACUCACAUAUCAACUCAGUCCCCCCCCCACACACACAUGCACACACACAUUCUUACUCCCCUCUUCCAGAAUGACCUCACAUAUCCCUUUGUUAUUUACAACGUGUUGGCCGACCAAUUCCCUGUCGGCCAUCCUUUAGAAUUGAAAAUCGUAAAUGAGCUGCUACCUGCACAGUCUGUGAGGUGCAAAGAUCAUGCUCUAGACUAGCCUGCACAGGCUUGUGGCCUAUCGUGGCUUUGUGUGGUUGCUGGUCUGGACUUGGCACGAGGCAGCUGGUUCGAAGACGCCUGGCUGGCAGCAGGCACUGGAGGGUCAGCACUUGCAAUAACUCCCUCAGGCGAGUGAGCUCUUAAAUAAAUUACUGUUAUAAUAACUUGGAGCACAGCAAGUAGCCCCGCUCGGCAUCUUUUUUAAUACUGUGUGGAUUGUGUAUGCAGCAAGUAAACCUGACUACGGUGGUACUAAAUGAAGGACUGUGAAGUAGUGAUAUUAAUAUUUGUGGGUCAUCCCUCUCCUUAAACCCUCCCUUCCCUAUCUGCUUGAGCGCCAUAGAGAGGCAAGUGAAUCAAACCAAAGGGAAAGUAAGGUGGACGUUUUCAGCAUUUAUGUGGUCUCUGUUGCACCAAACCCUCCUCAUCAGAGACUCUGGGGCAGGUGAGACCAACGGAUGUGACACGUGAUAGUAGCACCAUCAGGUGACGAGACACUUUCACUGCAUUUCUUCUUUUUUUACUGUCACUUCACUUGCAUUUCAGAGUAUCCUGUUUUUAUUGUCUUCCAUAUGACAUUACCAGAGCAAAGUGGUUGCUGUAUAAUUUGAAUCUGGAGGUACUUGUUGAAUAGUUGCCUAUUCUGCUCUCCCACAGUAAGCCGAGUCAACAGUUCAGCUUCAGCCCACAGAAAACCUGCAUUCAAGUUUGAUGUGAUGGAAACUUGCUCUCCUAUGUGCUGUUUCUAUAUAAUCGAUUCAAUUCUGCUUACUUUUUAUUUUCAUUUCCGAAACAUUAGUAGGAAAAUCCAAGGUAUUACCAAACUAUUUUGCAAUUUGUACAAGUUGGUUUCAAGUCUUUGAAUUCAAUAAAUGGAUGGAACUAAA